AUGGCUAAGCCUAAGGGCUCCUUAGGACAACUUGAAGAGCUAGCUUUACAGUUAGCAAUGCUUCAGAAAACCUUAAAACCUGAGCUUAGGAAGCCUUGUAAUAUCGUUUUCUGUGCAGAUCACGGUAUUGUGGAGGAGCAUAUUAGCCAAAGUCCUAAGGAGAUAACUUAUCAGGUCGUUUAUAAUAUGUUGAACGGAGGAGCUGGGAUUUCCUUUCUUUGUCGUCAGCAUCAGGUGGACUUAAAGCUAGUAGAUGUAGGUGUGGAUUAUGAUUUCCAAGCUAUUUCAGGACUUAAGCAUAGGAAAAUCAGGCGAGGUACACGUAAUUAUCUCUAUGAAGCUGCUAUGACUGAAUCAGAGCUAGAAGAAGCUAUUAAGAUAGGGGAAGAUUGUGUUUCAGAGGUUUAUGAAGUUGGUUGUAAUGUGAUCAGUUUUGGUGAAAUGGGAAUUACAAAUACGGCAUCUUCUGCUAUCCUAAUGUCUUUGAUUUGUGAUUUACCUCUUAGAGAUUGUGUAGGGCGAGGUAGUGGCUUAGAUGAUGAUGGGCUAGAGCAUCGUUAUCAGGUCUUAUUAAAAGCUAUAGAUGGCUAUCAAGGUUCUAGAAACCCUGAAGCUGUUUUAGCUUAUUUUGGUGGCUAUGAGAUGGUUGCUGCUAUUGGGGCUAUGCUUAGGGCUGCCGAAUUAGGGAUACUUAUCUUGAUUGAUGGCUUCAUAAUGACAGUCUGUUUAUUAUUGGCAAGCAGAUUUAAUCCGACUAUUAUGCAGUAUGUGAUUUUUAGUCAUCAAAGUGAUGAAGCAGGGCAUAAGCAUCUUCUAGCUUACCUUAAGGCCAAACCUCUUUUAUCUUUAGGCUUACGCCUUGGUGAAGGGUCGGGAGCUAUUUGUGCUUAUCCUUUAUUAUGUUCAGCAGCUAUGAUGAUGAAUGAAAUGGCAAGCUUUGAGGAGGCUAAGUUAAGGAAGUAUUUUGAUUAA